UGAUAACAGAGUAAAUUUAGAGUGUUUUUGAGGGAGUGGCGGCCAGGCCAGGUAUAAAAAAAGACCCUCCCGCUCAGUGGAUGUCUUCUGAGCGUUCAUCUGGACACCAUGAAGCUGCUGGCUCUGCUGCUGUUUGCUGGAGCUGCUGUGGCGGUUCCCCGGGAAGAUGGGAGGAUCAUCGGAGGGCAGGAGUGCGAGGCCAACUCCCGUCCAUACAUGGCCUCUCUCAAUUAUGGCUACCACUUCUGCGGCGGUGUGCUCAUCAACGACCAGUGGGUUCUCUCUGUUGCCCACUGCUGGUACAAUCCCUACGCUAUGCAGAUCAUGCUGGGAGAUCACGACCUCCGAGCAUAUGAAGGCACAGAGCAGCUCAUGAAGACCGACACCAUCAUCUGGCACCCUGACUAUGACUACCAGACUCUGGAUUUCGACAUCAUGCUGAUCAAACUCUUCCAUCCAGUCACGGUGACCAAGACUGUUGCACCCAUCUCCCUGCCAACUGGGUGUCCAUAUCCGGGCUUGGUGUGCUCUGUGUCCGGCUGGGGCGACACCGCCAUGGGGGAUGAGGUGUACAUGCCCACUCGCCUGCAGUGUUUGGACGUGCCUGUUGUCUCUGACGAAGAGUGUGAGCGCGCUUAUCCUGACAUGAUUACACGUAGAAUGAUGUGUGCCGGAUACAUGGAUGGAGGCAGAGACGCCUGCAAUGGGGACUCUGGAAGCCCGCUGGUGUGUUUCGAUGAGGUCCACGGUCUGGUCUCCUGGGGACAGGGAUGUGCCCUGCCCGACUACCCCGGCGUCUACGUCAAAGUGUGUGAAUUCCUCUACUGGAUUGAUGACACGCUGAAAGCCUAUGCUUGAAGAAAUAAAAGUUUCUUUCAAUGUUUA